AUGAAAUCACACCUGUGGAAAGAUUUCCGAAUUCGAUUUGUCUUCGUUGUUGGAUUGCCGACCCCAAAUGAAACGGAUGUGUAUCAUUUCGACGGAGUCACUGUGAAUCUUGGUCGGAACGCUUCUGGACUCUCUAAACUUUACGAGAACUCACGAUGGAUUGCUGCUAAGAAGCUGAGUGACGAGAGUGGAAAAUUCAAUGAUAUGUUGGUCGGGUCAUUUCAUGAUACGUAUUUCAACUUGACGUCCAAGAUGAUGUUGUCAUAUCGAUGGGCUGCUACAUUUUGUAAGGGACAAACACCAUUGUAUCUGUUCGUUGAUGACGAUUAUGCAUUACUGCCUGAAAACACUAUUCGACUUAUCAGGAGUCUGAAUGUUUCUGUUUCGAGAUCGACCGUAGGAGGUUUGGUACAUUAUACAAGUGUAGUGGCAAGACCGUCAAAGGAGAAGUUUGGUUUGAAAUGGUCGGUUUCAGUACAUGAAUACCCAUGGGAUUACUAUCCACCUUACUUCUAUGGAAUAGGUUAUUUGUUGGGUUCAGAUAUUGUCAGUGAUGCUUCUGUGGCUAUGGCUUUCACACAAAACAUUCGUAUAGAUGACUCAUUUUUAGGAAUUGUGUUGAGUCGACUAAACAGGACACUAACUAAUAUGAAAGAGUUUUCGUUAGAUGAAUCAAUACAGGAAAAUAAAUCUUGUCUAGUCAUUAUCGAUAUAGAUAUUGCGGAUGAUGUUAUUAAUUGGAAAACUGGCGACAUUAUGAACUAUUAA